UGCAGGGAAACUUUAUUUUCUCUUAGGCACCACCUUCCAUGGUCAAUAAUGAACAACGCCAGCAUGCCGAGCACAUAUUCUUAUCAUUUAGAAAGUCAAAAUCACCAUUUGCUGUUUGCAAGCAUAUUUUGGAAACUAGUAAAGUGGACUAUGUCCUUUUUCAAGCUGCCACAGCGAUAAUGGAAGCAGUUGUAAGAGAAUGGAUUCUCCUGGAAAAAAGUAGCAUCGAGUCACUGCGAACAUUCCUUCUAACCUAUGUCUUACAAAGGCCUAACCUUCAAAAGUACGUUCGGGAGCAGAUUCUGUUAGCAGUAGCAGUCAUAGUGAAACGAGGAUCAUUAGACAAAUCAAUUGACUGCAAGAGCAUUUUCCAUGAAGUCAGCCAGUUGAUAAGCAGUGGUAACCCCACUGUGCAAACUUUGGCCUGUUCUAUUUUAACGGCAUUGUUGAGUGAGUUUUCAAGUUCAAGUAAAACCAGCAACAUUGGAUUAAGCAUGGAGUUCCAUGGUAACUGUAAACGUAUAUUUCAGGAGGAUGAUCUCCGGCAGAUCUUCAUGCUUACAGUAGAGGUACUUCAGGAAUUCAGCAGACGUGAAAACCUCAAUGCUCAGAUGUCUUCGGUGUUUCAGCGUUAUCUUGCACUAGCCAAUCAGGUCUUAAGUUGGAACUUUCUUCCUCCAAAUUUGGGCAGACAUUAUAUAGCUAUGUUUGAAUCCUCACAAAAUGUGAUGCUAAAGCCAACAGAGUCCUGGCGUGAGACCCUUCUGGACAGCAGAGUUAUGGAGCUUUUCUUUACAGUACAUCGAAAAAUCAGAGAAGAUACAGAUAUGGCACAAGACUCACUACAGUGCCUAGCACAGCUAGCCUCUCUACAUGGGCCAGUCUUUCCUGAUGAAGGCUCACAAGUUGAUUACCUGGCACACUUCAUUGAGGGAUUAUUGAAUACUAUCAAUGGAAUUGAAAUAGAGGACUCUGAAGCAGUGGGAAUUUCUAGUAUUAUCAGCAAUCUGAUAACCGUGUUUCCUCGCAAUAUUUUAACUGCCAUUCCAAGUGAACUUUUUUCUUCAUUUGUUAACUGCCUCACACACCUGACCUGUUCUUUUGGGAGAAGUGCUGCAUUGGAAGAAGUGCUUGACAAAGAUGACAUGGUAUACAUGGAAGCGUAUGAUAAGUUGCUGGAGUCCUGGCUUACUUUGGUACAAGAUGACAAACAUUUCCAUAAAGGCUUCUUUACCCAACAUGCUGUUCAGGUUUUUAACUCUUAUAUUCAGUGCCACCUAGCUGCUCCCGAUGGUACAAGGAAUUUGACUGCCAAUGGUGUAGCCUCUCGGGAGGAAGAAGAAAUAAGCGAACUGCAGGAAGAUGACAGAGACCAGUUUUCUGACCAGCUGGCAAGUGUUGGCAUGCUGGGAAGAAUUGCUGCAGAACACUGUAUACCUCUUCUUACAAGUUUAUUAGAAGACCGAGUGACAAGGCUCCAUGGUCAGUUACAAAGGCAUCAGCAGCAGUUACUUGCCUCACCAGGAUCAGGCUCAAUUGACAAUAAAGUGCUUGAUGACCUGUAUGAGGAUAUUCAUUGGCUUAUUUUAGUCACAGGCUACCUCUUAGCUAAUGAUACUCAGGGAGAGACUCCGUUAAUACCUCCAGAAGUAAUGGAAUAUUCCAUUAAGCAUUCAACUGAGGUUGACAUCAAUACAACACUUCAAAUUUUGGGAUCUCCAGGAGAAAAGGCCUCUUCCAUCCCAGGGUACAACAGAACCGAUUCUGUCAUUAGGUUAUUAUCUGCCAUCCUAAGAGUUUCAGAAGUAGAAUCUCGAGCAAUAAGGGCAAAUCUAACACACCUUCUGAGCCCACAAAUGGGAAAAGAUAUUGUCUGGUUUCUUAAGCGCUGGGCAAAGACCUAUCUCCUAGUGGAUGAAAAGCUGUAUGACCAGAUAAGUCUGCCAUUUAAUACAGCUUUUGGUGCCGAUACCGAGGGUUCACAGUGGAUUGUGGGUUAUCUGUUAGAAAAAGUAAUCAGUAACCUGGCAGUAUGGAGUUCUGAACAGGACCUUGCAAAUGACACUGUGCAACUGCUAGUAACAUUGGUGGAGAGGAGAGAGCGGGCAAAUCUAGUAAUUCAGUGUGAAAAUUGGUGGAAUUUAGCUAAGCAGUUUGCAAGGCGAAGCCCACCUCUCCAUUAUUUGUCUAGUUCUGUGCAAAGAACACUAAUGAAAGCAUUAGUUUUGGGAGGUUUUGCUCAUAUGGACACAGAGACAAAACAACAGUAUUGGACUGAGGUUCUUCAGCCGCUUCAACAGCGAUUCUUGAAUGUGAUAAAUCAAGAAAACUUUCAACAGAUCUGUCAGGAAGAGGAGGUGAAACAGGAAAUCACUGCCACACUAGAAGCACUUUGUGGCAUUGCUGAGGCUACCCAAAUUGACAAUGUAGCAAUCCUCUUUAAUUUUCUAAUGGACUUCCUCAACAAUUGCAUUGGAUUAAUGGAGGUGUACAAAAACACACCAGAGACUGUUAACCUCAUAAUAGAAGUCUUUGUUGAAGUUGCACAUAAACAAAUAUGCUAUCUUGGAGAGGCCAAAGCCAUGAAUUUGUAUGAGGCCUGCCUAACUUUGCUUCAGGUGUAUUCCAAAAAUAAUUUAGGUAGGCAGCGUAUAGAUGUUACAGCAGAAGAGGACCAAUACCAGGAUCUUCUUCUUAUUAUGGAGCUUCUUACCAACCUUCUGUCAAAAGAAUUUAUAGAUUUCAGUGAUACAGAUGAAGUAUUUAGAGGACAUGAGCCAGGACAAGCUGCAAAUAGAUCUGUUUCAGCAGCAGAUGUUGUUUUAUAUGGAGUUAAUUUAGUUCUACCUUUGAUGUCCCAGGAUCUGCUCAAAUUUCCAUCUCUGUGUAAUCAGUACUACAAAUUAAUCACCUUCAUCUGUGAAAUAUUCCCAGAGAAAAUUCCACAGCUUCCAGAAGACUUGUUUAAAAGCCUAAUGUACUCACUGGAGUUAGGGAUGUCAUCAAUGAGUUCUGAAGUGUGCCAGCUUUGUCUAGAAGCUCUAACACCAUUAGCAGAACAAUGUGCAAAAGCACAAGAAACAGAUUCAUCCCUCUUUCUAGCAACAAGGCACUUUCUUAAGAUGGUCUUUGACAUGCUGGUACUGCAAAAGCACAAUACAGAAAUGACAACUGCAGCAGGAGAAGCAUUCUACACGUUAGUGUGUUUGCAUCAGGCAGAAUAUUCAGAGCUAGUUGAAACAUUACUAUCAAGCCAACAAGAUCCAGUCAUUUACCAGCGAUUAGCAGAUGCCUUCAACAAGCUUACUGCAAGCAGCACUCCUCCUACACUGGACCGUAAGCAGAAGAUGGCCUUCCUAAAGAGUUUAGAGGAAUUUAUGGCCAAUGUUGGUGGACUUCUCUGUGUAAAAUAAACAACAAAACUCCUAUGCCUCAUUUAGACCCUUUCUGCAAAAUGCACUGAGAAAUGCUGAAUGCUGACUAAACCUUGUAACUAUUUCUGGGUUCUUUGCAGCCAUCUCAGAUUUUAGAGAGCCUGGAAGUUUGAUAUAACACAGUGAAAUAGGAGAGGUCAACUCUGAAUCAGCUUCUGCUAUUGUGUGUUAGCCACAAUCUGUCAUACUUUGUUUGUUGUAAAGAAUGAACAGCAAAUUGACAUUAAAAAUGUGCAAACCAAUAUGGGCACAGUGAAAAAUAGCUUCAGUGCCUUUUCCCCAUUGGUUUAAAACAUGAGUGGCCAGACAGACUUUUACAGAUUAUUUUUUUUUGUUACUGAAAAUCAUCAUAGAUUAUGACGUAGACACGUACAAAACUGUAAACAAUUUAGCUAAUUCAAGUUUUUUUCCUCUCUGAAGGUUGAAUUAGUGAUCCAAU